CAUUUCGUACUGCGAUGGCGACGUCGAUGUCCAACACUGAUCGUGAUACUGGAUACCUCUUCAAGACGCCAUUUCAUAUAGUCGACCGUCCAGUUUUUCAGCACCACCCAAAGAUGGGAGUAUUGACGGAUGCACUGUGGCCUGAUCUGUGCUUCCUCCUUUUCGCCUUCUGGACUAUGGCCUACGUAUACGCCUCGCGGCAUUUCAACUUCUGGAUCAAGCAAGAUGUUCCCUACAUAAAGCCCCUGCCUUUUCUCGGUAACUUUGCGGACAUUGUCCUGUCGCGCUUGAGUGUGGCCCAGCUGCUCAAGAAAGUAUACGAGGAACACGGGCACCAGCCGUAUGUGGGCAUGUUUGCCUUCGAUCAGCCGUUCCUUCUCGUGCGUGACCGUCGUCUGGUGAAGCACAUCUUGAGCAGCAAAGUCUCAGGCGCCUGGGACUGGAACAGUGCUGAUUGUGACCGGUGUCCUCUGGGACCCAGAAACAUAUUUGGCGCGAGUGACGAGAGAUGGAGAGUAACAAGAAGCAGAUUAAUACCCACAUUCACAGUUGAUGAAAUGAAACAAAUGUAUCAUCUCCUAAACGAAAUUGCCAUAGAUUUUGUGUCUUCAUUUGAGACAAGUGUUUUAGCAGGAAAGCCUGUGAAGGUGCAAGAAACAUUGACAGAACAUACAGCACAUAAACUUUCCAAGUGUAUAUUUGGAGCCCAGGGUAAUACACAGAAUGUUCCACAAUCCAUUUUGAAUUCUCACCUUUUUGAUGACAGAAGACCUUCUGUCAUCCAAGGAAUAAAAUAUGCUGCCACUUUUGUCAUGCCUUUUAUUAUGAAGCCUUUUGAAAGCAGUGAUGGGGAUACAGGAUUUGAAUCAGAAUUGGGUAAAACCAUUGCAGACAAUUUUUCAAAUCGUGAAAAACAUGGUUUAACACAAGAUGUCUUCUUGGAGCUUCUGAUCCAGAUAAAAAAUAAGAGACAUGUUUCUAAUGUGAAUGAGCCAACUAGGAGAAGGAAGCAAACUGAAAGCUACUCAAGGAAUUCCAAGCCUGAAGAACAUCAAUUGGUGGGCCUGGACUGUCUGUCUCUAUUGGAAGACUUCAGUAUAUCAUUUCACAUAAUUAAUUUCACACUAUAUCACUUGGCACUCAAUCAAGAACUGCAGUCAAGUGUGAGGACAGAAGUUCAAAAAUAUAACACUUCACCUACAUAUGAGACUGUGGUCAGUAUGAAGCAACUGGAUAUGAUUGUAAAAGAGACAUUGCGCAUGUAUCCAGUCUUUGGCUUUUUGGGGUGUAAGACUACAGCAGACUGCAAAUUGCCUGGAACUGAUGUAACAAUCCCUGCUGGCACAUGGGUUGCAGUUUCUGUUUGGGGGCAGCAUAUGGAUACAGCAUUUCAUCCUAAUUCAACUACUUACAACCCUGAACGCUUUUCUGAGAAAGAUAAACUACAUAUUGAAGAAUAUACAUACAUGCCAUUUGGAGUCAGGAAGAAUAAUGAUACAGGAAUUAUGUUGGGUCUAAUGCACAGUAAAAUUGCUCUUGUGCAUGUUUUAUCAAAGUACUCUAUCGAUAUCUGUGAAGAAACUCCACAAAUACUGAACCUCAACAGCACAUACUUCUUAAGAAAUGCAGCCAAUGGGAUUCCUCUCAAAUUAACGAAAAUCUGUUGAGAUCUCAGUCAUAAUGGACAAAAUCCUCAACACUGAAUGCAAGUGUGAUUCUAAGAUGAGUGUUUCCACAAAAAAAACUGCAUGAAAAGAAUUGCCAUCAUGGACGCUGGAGUGGAAUUGUUCAGUGAAGUCAAGAAGGGCUGGCUGUAGAAAUUCUGAAGAAAAAAGUAACUUACUGUCGACAACCGUGCAGGAAGUUUGAAACUACAGUUGCGACUAUGUAUAUUAAUGUUGUUGACAAACUGUGUGUGUUCUACAUUCUCCCCCAAUUCAUCAAUCUAUUGUGGGAUUCCUUCCUUCCUUCCGUCCUUCCUUCCUUCCUUCCUUCCCUCCUCCUCCAUCUUCUUCU